AUGAAUACCAUCCGUCAGAAGCGACAGUCCUGCGAGGCGUGCCGAGCUAGGAAGCUUAGGUGCUCUGGGGAUAAAGGCGGCUGCUCACGAUGCCGCGGACUGUCUCUGGUCUGUCGAUAUCAGGAUAAAGGCGCCCCCGGCAGACCCAGGAAACGCCCCCGCCAGGAGCAGGAUGACCGAGACCUCAGUCCCCAAGACCAGCGGACCAGCUCGAGCUCUUCCAACUUCUCGCCCGUCGCGCCGCUGGACGAGAUCAGCCCGCACGAUGCUGUCCAUAUGUUCCUGGGCCCGGACGAAUUUGGGUCCUUGCCGUUCGACCCGUCCGGGCACUGCGGAUUCGACGCUCUGCCCCCGGGCAUGUUGGGCCACGGCGACAUUUGCUCCUUUCCCAUCGAGCUGCUCCAGGCGACACGCGGCAAUGAGAUCCACGACCCCGAGAUCCCCUUGGCGCUAGAGGCCUGCAUUUCCCCCGCUUCCUCCUCACCGAUCUGUAAAUGUGACGAGGACGUCUCCGCCACCGUGCGGAGCCUGGCUCGCGCCACCAUGUCUCACAGCUUCAUUCAAAGCCUUCGAUCUGGGGUUGCGCUCACGGAAAGACUGCUCACCUGCCCGAUCUGCUAUGACACCUCGAAGCCGCCUCGAGUCACUGUGCAGAACGUCCUGCUGAUCGGCCGUCUGAUGUUUGAGAUCACAUCUGGCUACCAGAAGUAUAUCCAGUGGCUCAACAAACACUGCACGGAACUCGAUGUCCGGAGCCGGAGUGAGACCAUCUAUCUGGACCCUGGCUACGGUCUGCCUCCGGACCUGGACUUGCAGAUCAGCGGCGAGAAAUUCCGCGAUCUGGUCAUGCACGGCCUUCAGACAGAUGCCGAGCGUCUUCUGGUGCUGGGGAAGAAGUUUGCACAGCGACAGCGCAAUCGGCAUAUGGUUGGGCAUGAAACCUGUCCUGAUGCGGAAGGGCGAUGUCGGAGGGAGCAGUAUGGCGGGGACCAUGACCCGCUGGAUCUCUGUCCACAAGACCCUGCGGCGAGGAAACUGGUGCCGUGUUUCCGCAUUGUCGACGAGGUAAGAGGCAUGAUUAAACAGGUGGCCGACUCGGUGGUUUGA